ACCAGUGGCGGUCCCAAUCACGAUGCAGUCGACACGCUUCCUCGCGUCCAACAUGGCGCGCAUGCAGGCCCUCCGCACUCGCGCGGUCCCGGUUGUCCGCACACAACAGACCCGAGGUCUCCAGAUGCAACCAUCGAAGAAGAUGAUGGCAGUGCCGAAAGAGGAGCAGUCUGCCCACACCAUCUCCCAGCGUCUGCGUACCUUGAAGAAGAUUCCUCCGGAGUUGAUCCCCCUCGGAAUCGUCUUGGCUGUCGCUGUCGGCGCCGCCGCCUACUCCCUCAUCAACAAGCUCAUUGUCGACAAGACCCUUCGUCUGUCCCGAACUGGCAAGCAGCACUAGAGAGCUGGUCCGACGAGAGAUGUUUAGGGAAGGAAAUCAGGACCAUGCUUUGAAGGCCGGGGGAGCACGGAAUACAUGUACAAAACCUCUUGAGAUGCUGCGGGAGGCACCUAAGAGAUCAGUGCAAGAGCUACAUCUGUCUGAUCUUGCAUUGUGUUUUACAUGUCAACCUCUGUUUUACGCGCCCGCAGGCAUGCCAGAACAUUUGGACUUAUUUUUUCCUAUGUGAAUACAAGAGUCUCAUGUAUGAGAAUUAUCAUGUCAGUGAUCCAGCCACUCGUCAAUCCUUCAACUUCCAAUCAUUACGACCCCAUUCUCGCCUCGCGUAGAGCCCGCCGCAGAGUAUCCAAUUUUGACCUCUCUCGCACGAGGCUUUCCCUCGCCAACUUUCUCAACAUUGCCCGGCCCGCCGUGACAUGUUCCUCCU